AGAGUGCAGUAUGCGGAGAAAAGACGCUAUAUAAAUUAGUUGGAUCUUCAAUGCUUUGUAGUUCAACUCGUAUCUUGUUCGGCAGAGGCAUAAGGAGAGUGGUUCCACCCCUUUCUUCUUCUAUUAACUAUUUGAUCAAUCCUAAAGCCAAAACCCUUUCACUCUCUCGGCCUUAUCAGCGGCAUCAUCAUAUCUCGUUCUUCAAAUCAAUCCCAACUCUAACUCCAACUCCAACUCCGUUGCGAUUUAGUUUGAAAACAGAUCACACCAUGGCCAGCCAAUCAUCUCCUCCCAAAUCAGUCCACGAUUUCACCGUUAAGGAUGCGAGGGGAAAUGAUGUUAAUCUUGGAAACUACAAAGGGAAGGUUCUUCUCAUUGUCAACGUUGCCUCACAAUGUGGCUUGACCAAUUCUAAUUAUACAGAGCUGAGUCAAUUGUACGAAAAAUACAGGGCGAAAGGUCUUGAAAUCCUGGCAUUUCCUUGCAAUCAGUUUGGGGCACAGGAGCCUGGAACUAAUGAGCAGAUAGUAGAAUUUGCUUGCACUCGCUUCAAAGCUGAGUAUCCCAUUUUUGACAAGGUGGAUGUGAAUGGUAACGAUGCUGCUCCACUGUAUAAGUAUCUUAAAUCAAGCAAAGGUGGACUCUUUGGGGACAACAUAAAAUGGAACUUCUCCAAAUUCCUUGUUGACAAAGAGGGCAAUGUUGUGGAUCGUUAUGCACCCACUACUUCUCCUCUAAGCAUCGAGAAGGACAUAAAGAAGCUGUUGGAUGCGUGAAGCCAAGAUUAUAGCUUGGAGAAAAACCAUCAAAUGAAUAAUCAUUAGAAUAUGUAAAACGUGAAUAACAAAAUCUACUGCAGAUGUAUUGCUUAGCUCAGCAUCAUAAAAUUGUGUACUUGCUUCUACCGUUUAAGUGAAUUUGGUUGUUAAAACAGUAUCCUUUUGUUCCUGGUUAAAUAUGAUGCUAUUCUGUCUUGGUUUUAUGUUUCUACAA